CUUGACUUUUAACUGUCAACAAAAAUCUAAGUGUUUUUAAAAUUUGCUUUUCGAAUUUUCGUGUUAAAUUUUUAAAUAAAAUACAAUAAAAAUGGCUCAAAUUUCCGCCACCGAACAACCUCACAUGAAACAAAUCGAUCUGGCGACCCUAAACAUUCAACAAUUGGGCACUUUGAAACAACAGUUGGACCAGGAGCUGGACCUUUUUCAAGAAUCCCUACAGUCUUUGAAAAUGGCCCAACAAAAAUUCCAAACUUCAAAUGAAACUUUACAGAAUUUCGAUGCCGACAGCGAAGGAAAAGAUAUAUUGGUGCCAUUGACAGGAUCUAUGUACGUACCAGGGAAACUCAUAGAAACAAGUAAUGUAAUAAUUGACAUCGGAACCAGAUAUUAUGUGGAAAAGGAUAUUCCAAUGGCAAAAGAUUACUUUCAAAGAAAAACCAAAUUUGUAACGGAGCAAAUGGAAAAAAUUCAAUACUUGGGCUUAGAAAAGAGUAAAAUCAGGGACGCCAUCGUCGAAAUUAUCCAGCUGAAAUUGAAUCAGCAGCAGCAAGGAUAAAAAAAUCGUUAUUUUCUAUUUAACAUGUCUUUUUAACUUUUAAUCCUAAUAAAAUAUUGCUUCUAUUUUAACAA